AUGGAAAUGAUCGCUGGCGAUUCUCCCCUCGGUACUGUCAGUGUGACAUUCCGACUUCCAACCAAGAUGGCCGAAUCCGAAAAAGCAAACGUUACCCACCUAGAAGCUGCUCAUGAACCCCCUUCGGCUCAAAAUGGGUAUUAUGUAAAUAACGAGAUCGAAAAAAGACUUGUGCGGAAGCUGGAUAGAAGACUUAUUCCUUUAGUGAUGGUGUUGUAUCUUCUAUCAUAUCUUGAUCGAUCAAAUAUUGGCAAUGCUAAAACUGCCGGCAUGUCGAAAGAACUCGACCUUUCGAGUUCCCAAUACGAAUGGUUAUUGACAAUCUUUUACAUUGCAUACAUCGUAUUCGAAUGGUUCGCUUUGAUGUGGAAGGUACUACCUCCACACAUAUGGGCUUGCUUUUGUGUUGUUGGAUGGGGUACCGUCGCCACUCUUCAAUCUACUGCACAAUCAUGGUCAGGUAUGAUGGUAGCUCGAUUCUUCCUUGGGUUUUUUGAAGCCGGUUACGGUCCCGGUAUUCCAUACCUCUUAUCCUUCUUCUACCUGCGCCAUGAAAUCGGUAUAAGAAUCGGUAUCUUCCUAAGUGCUGCACCCCUGGCAACGUGUUUUGCAGGUGCAUUGGCAUAUGGUAUCACCAGUGGACAUGCUGCAAUUGCGAAUUGGCGUCUUCUAUUUUUAGUUGAGGGUCUUCCAUGUGUAGCUGUCGGUAUCCUCACAUUCUUUGUCUUACCUGAUAGUCCCGAGAAAGCACGAUUCCUGAAUGAAGAAGAGAGGGCAGUUGCAAAAGCUAGAGGUGUGAGACAAGUAGGCGCCGAAGAAGAACAUCGUAUUGGAGGUGUUAAAUGGGCUGAUAUUGCCGCAGCUCUUGUGGAUCCCAAGAAUUACCUCACAGCCAUGAUGUACUUCUCAUGCAAUGUCUCGUUUAGUUCUCUCCCCGUGUUCCUACCCACUAUCCUAAACGAGAUGGGCUUUUCCGCCAUCAACGCCCAGGGUUUAUCCGCCCCACCAUAUUUCCUCGCGUUCCUCCUCGUCAUCCUCUCUACUUACAUUGCGGAUCGAACUCAACAGCGUGGUUAUGUGAUCAUGUUCCUCUCGGCUCUUGGUGCCAUCGGAUACAUACUACUGGCUUCCACUUCUUCGGUUGGUCCUCGGUAUACGGGAGUUUUCCUCGCCGCCGCAGGAAUCUUCCCUGCCAUAGCUAAUAUCCUUCCUUGGGUCUUGAACAAUCAAGGCUCGGACACUAAACGCGGUACUGGAAUUGCACUUCUAAAUAUCAUCGGUCAAUGUGGUCCUCUUCUUGGCACGAGACUCUAUCCAGCUGUAGAAGGACCAUACUAUCGCAAGGGAAUGUGGGUUUGUACUGCUUUUGUCAUCUUAAAUGGAAUUCUAGCUCUGGUAUUGAGAACAUUAUUGAACUGGGAAAACAAGAAAUUAGAUAAGCUAUAUGGUGAGGUGGGUAGAAGAGAUGCCAAUGGAAUGGUGAUGGGCGAAGAUUCCAAAACGGGAGAGAUGAUCGAGAUGGGUGCUGGAGUCGGGGAUGAGAAUGAUGGGCCUAGCUUGGCUGAAUCGCCGGCUUUACCGGGCAAUGGGUAUCGUUUUCUCCGAGCGCUUUUCCCUCAACAAUUUCCUGAAGGCCAAAGAUCUUUGAGUCAUCGCAAUAAACGCAUCAAACAUAUCCAUGAACCUUCACCGGAAGAAGUAUUUGAAGAAGAAGACCCUGAGGAUCAGGGAGGUGAGGGAGACGAAAACCAACUUCGCCAAGAACAUAAAAUUUGUGCGAAAGCAAUGAUGAGGAGGAAGAUGGCGGGACGUGUUACUAUUGAUCCGGAUGGGGAUUUGUUAUUGAUAUUGAAUGAGCGGGAAAAGACGCCUAAGAAGAAGACGACGAUGGUUGCGCCAGUAUCAAUUGAUGAUUCUGCAAUUGGUAUUGAGACGGGUACAGAUGGGGAGGUGGCGGAAUCGGCGGAGGAAGAUGGCUAUCAUGGUGAUGCGGAGAAGGAGUUUAAAGAGAAGGAAGUGAAUGAAAUAAAGGAAAUCCACAUGUUGGUUUCAUCGAAGCAUAUGGUACUCGUUUCGCCAGUAUUCAAAGCUAUGCUCCAAUGGAACAAUUUUAAGGAAGGAUACGCCUUGAAAUCCCAUGGAAAAGUCGAGGUUCCAUUACCUGACGAUGAUCCGGAAGCUAUGCGGAUAUUAGUUGAUAUCGUUCACUGUCAUCACAAGGAUGUUCCUCGAAAAGUCAAGCUCAGCUUGCUUACCCAUCUUGCUAUCUUGGUGGAUAAAUACCGGUUACAUGAAGCUGUGCAGAUAUAUUCCGAUAUGUGGAUUUCACAUGCUCAAAAGAGGUUUCCUUCAACGAUGGCGGAUGAUGGGGUGGAGGUUUGUCUUCAAUGGCUUUGCAUCUCUUGGGUUUUUGAAAGACAACGGGAUUUUACAUCGAUGACGAGGAUUUUUCAACAGGAGAGUACUCAGAGUUUGUCAUCGAUGAUCUCAUCAUCUGCUUGGGAUAUUCCCGUAUCUAUGGCUGUCAUCGACAACAUCGAGCAAGACCGAAUCCGAGCCCUCGACGAAGCAAUCUCCGCUCUCAGAGAUACCAUCGAAAUGUAUCAAAGCUCAACUCUCGUCUGCCGCAGUCGUCCUACGCACCUAGCCGUCGAGCAAAUGUUCCAACACAACAAACAAUGCGACGCCAUGGUCUUGGGAAUGUUGAUCAAAGAAGCCCUCUACCAUAAUCUCUAUCCACUCCCAGAAGCUCCAUACACGGGUCAUUCUUUCAUGAGCAUUUAUGACAGUUAUCAAAAUUUCGAAAUCAAGAAUGCGUGUGAAGUGGUACUGUUGUGUACGAAUUCUCACUCCUCCAAGGAGAUGAAUGAGACGAAACAUGUUUUUGGGAGUGUGUUGAUGGAUUUGUUGGGGCCGAUUGAGGAGAGUUUGGAUGGGCUGGAACUUGAUGGGUUUAAAGUUUCGUUGGGUUUGGUUUAA